UGAAAUUACGCUGUCGGGUUUCACAGAUCAUGCUGCCUUGGGAAACGAGGAGUGGAAUCCCUGGGAAGCGGAGGAGAAAAGUGAACUGGCAGCUUCUCAGCAGAGAUACGAGGCUAGUCUUAAGAUGAUAAAAAAUGCAAGAGCUCACCUGGAGCAAACCAGGCUUAGAGUGCAGAUUUGGGGCAAAGCAGCAAUUGGUCUUUACUUUUGGCAGCAUGUUUUGGGAGGGCCCCUUGAGCCAGCUGAUGUGACUGCACAGUGGAGAGAAGGAAGCCAAAGAGCAGGAAAAACAUAUUUCAGCUUCAUCACUGGUCCAUCUGUAGUUCCUGGCUACUUCUCAGUUGAAGCUGAAAAUAUUGUACUAGUUCUGAACGGAAGAGAAAAAGCAAAGACUGCUUACGCCACUCAGUGGUUGCAUUACGCACAAACAUUAAUUCAGACUCACAAAAUACAGCACGUAGUGGUUGUGCUGCUGGGGAAUGAGCAGUGCAACAAUGAAUGGAUUCAACCAUACCUGAAAAGAAAUGGAGGAUUUGUAAAUCUGCUCUUCGUUACAUAUGAUUAUGCAUUGGUAAAUGAAGAAGAUAUUUUCCAGUGGCCAUUGGGAGUAGCUACCUACAGAAAUUUUCCCGUUGUUGAACCCAGCUGGUCAAUGCUGCAUGAUCCAAGAUCGUAUCUGUGUAAUUUCUUAGGAACCGUUUAUAAGAACUCUUCUAGGGAAACUCUGAUGGAAAUUCUGUCGCAGGAUGGGCUUGACAAACUUUGUUGGAUUGCAGCCAGAGAACAGUGGCAGCCUCAAGAAACAAAUGAAAGUUUCAAAAACUAUCAAGAUGCCUUGCUGCAGAGUGAUUUGACAUUGUGCCCAGUGGGAGUAAAUACAGAAUGCUAUAGAAUUUAUGAAGCUUGUUCAUAUGGAUCUCUGCCUGUUAUAGAAGAUGUAAUGACACCGGGUGACUGCGGAAAUUCAUCAAUGUACCACAGUGCUCCAUUACAAUUAUUAAAAACCAUGGGGGCUCCAUUUAUCUUUAUUAAGAACUGGAAAGAGCUUCCUGCUGUUCUAGAGAAAGAAAAAAAAAUGAGCUUACAAGAAAAGAUUGAAAGGAGAAAAAAGCUUAUAGAAUGGUAUCAAAACUUCAAAGCAUGGAUGAGACAGAAAUUCAUUAAUACUUUGGAAAAUUCGUUUUUGCCAAGUGAUAAAGGAUAAAUUGUCCCUUUUGAAAAUCUAGAAUAGAUCGAAAGCUUAAUUUCCAUUAACCUUCUGAGGAAGCUUUUAUACAAAAGAAUGGGUGGAUGCAUUCCUUUUGAAGUCAACAGAAUUGCACUAGCUUGGCGAAGAGCUACGUUCGUCCCUCCAUCCUUAACAGUUUUCAGAGAGGUUGUUGGCUUAGCGGAGUGGUAGCCUGUAAGGAUGACAACCAUUGUAUUACUAUUUUUACAAUUUCCAUGUUGGUUGAUGGCCUGAUAAAGUUUUUUUAGGAGAAUGUCUUUGAGCAUGUGAAGUUGUUAAAAUCCAACAUGAGGACAACAGUUGCGUUCAAAGAAAAGAGAAGAAAUGAAAGCUGUAGGGUACAGAGUAGUUUGUUCUGUAGAGUAAAGACGAAAAGUAUGAUUGUAGCGAAAUUGCCAGGUUUAGCACAGUCUUUAAGAUAUAUCCUGGUAAGUGCUUGUUUUGAAAAUGUGGAGAUGUGAACUGUUUACUUGAUUGACAUUUCAUUUCCAAGGAAGUGGCCAUAAAGCUAAUUAAACACUGUGGAAUAAAAAUGUGUAUUUCAAGG